CCAGAGUCCUCCAGCACCCAGAAGAAGGAGAAGGAUGUGGAUGGGAAGAAGGAGAAAGACACAGAUGGGGAGAAAGAAAAGAAGGAGAAGGGGCUGGAUUUUCCCAGCUGCCCCAAUGAGGGGGUGAAGCACCCCAAGAGCCCAGCUGAGAAGCACAAGGAGAAGCACAAAGAGAGAGAGUCCAGCGACGGCCGGAGCCCCACGGUGUCCUCCAAGAAGUCACCUCUGGAUGGCAAGAAAGAGAGAGAUGAGGUGCCAGGAGCAAUUUGGGGGGGCAGGGCAGAUGACUACAAGGAGUUUGGUGUCAACUGCGAGAAGAUGGCAUCAGAGAUUGAAGACCGGAUCUUCCAGGAGCUGAAGAGCACGGACAUGAAGUAUCGCAACCGGGUGAGGAGCAGGAUCAGCAACCUGAAGGACCCCAAGAACCCCAGCCUGAGGAGGAACGUGCUGUGUGGGGCCAUCCCCCCCAGCCUCAUUGCCCGCAUGACCGCCGAGGAGAUGGCCAGUGAUGAGCUGAAGGAGCUGAGGAAUGCCAUGACCCAGGAGGCCAUCCGGGAGCACCAGAUGGCCAAGACAGGUGGCACUGUCACCGACCUCUUCCAGUGUGGCAAGUGCAAGAAGAAGAACUGCACCUACAACCAGGUGCAGACACGAAGUGCUGAUGAGCCCAUGACCACCUUUGUGUUGUGCAAUGAAUGUGGGAAUCGCUGGAAGGUCUGUGUCCAGCUUGGGUUGGGGGGGAUUUGA